UCCUUUUCGUGUAAAUGGGAAAUAGCGCAAAGGGUGAGCCAUUUUCCGGCGGGUUGUGAAUAUAGUUGUUCUGGUUAUUUAGACAGUUUUGAAGUGUAAUCGAAGUAAUUUGUUUAAAAAGUAUCUUUGGCAAUCAUAUUUUUUAUUAAAAGUAACCCAGAACAGCCAUGUCAGAAAGAGAAGAUAGUGUUUACAAGGCAAAAUUGGCAGAGCAGGCAGAACGUUAUGAUGAAAUGGUAGAAGCAAUGAAGAAAGUGGCUUCUAUGGAUGUCGAACUUACAGUUGAAGAAAGGAAUCUUUUAUCUGUUGCUUAUAAGAAUGUUAUUGGUGCUCGAAGGGCUUCAUGGAGGAUAAUUAGUAGUAUUGAACAGAAAGAAGAAAGUAAAGGUACUGAAGGCAAAAUUGAAUUGGUCCGUCAAUAUCGUAUCCAGGUUGAAAAUGAGCUACGUGAUAUUUGUCAAGAUAUCUUGGAUGUUUUGGACAAACACCUUAUACCUAAUGCAACAACUGGAGAAUCAAAGGUGUUUUACUACAAAAUGAAGGGUGAUUAUCAUCGUUACCUUGCUGAGUUUGCUACAGGGAAUGACAGGAAGGAAGCUGCUGAAAACAGUUUGGUGGCAUAUAAGGCUGCUAGUGAUAUUGCCAUGACUGAGCUACCACCAACUCAUCCAAUACGCUUGGGUCUUGCUCUUAACUUUUCAGUCUUUUAUUAUGAGAUCCUUAACUCGCCAGAUAGGGCAUGUCGUCUUGCUAAAGCUGCUUUUGAUGAUGCUAUUGCUGAACUUGACACACUCAGUGAAGAAAGCUACAAGGACUCCACCCUCAUCAUGCAGCUUCUAAGGGAUAAUUUAACUCUAUGGACAUCUGAUAUGCAACAUGAUGGGGAAGGAGAAAACCAAGAGAAACAAAAGGAACAGGUUCAAGAUGUUGAGGAACAAGAUGUCUCAUAAACUUGCACUCCUUGCUCAUCUAGAUCUGUUGCAAUUACUUUACAUGUAUUCAUCCUCCUGCAUCAUAAAGAUUUGUAUUCACUGUGGUCAUCUUGUAUUUUUUUUUUACCCCCUUGCAUCAUAUGAUUCUGUGAAUAGUGCUAAAUGCCAGCCAAGCCCAUGGUGACGAUCUUGCUGCUCAGCCUAGAAUUAUUUGGAUGUGUUACUCCUCCAGUUUUGUAUAUGAUUUGAUCAAAAGCACCUUUUUUAUAUUUUGGUACACCAUUCGACAUCUUUGUGUGUGUGUGUGUGUGGUGUAUGUCUUUAUUAAACAUUAAGUAAAUGUAUUUCUUUGGGAGGGGAUGUCUGGUAACUCGUAAAGGUUGCAAGUAAUUUAACUUCUUUUAUAAUCAACUGGGAUCUGUUGUAAUUAAGGAAAAAUCUAUCAUGUUUUUCUGACUUAUCGUUUAAUAUUCAAAUAGUUUUUGGUGAUUAGCUUUAAUGCUUUUGCAUUAGUGUUAGUUAUUUUUUUCUCUUUUCACAGAUUGUGUAGUUGGGGUUUAAAAAAGAUUGACAAAUUUCAUGUAUUACAGAAAACUAAUAAUUGUUCUUUUUUCUCACUCCUUUUUUUUUAGCAAAUUGGGUAUUAACAAUGGUUUAAAGUAACUUAAUAUCUUCAGAAUUUGACAUGUACUUAAAGUUGAUUCAUAAUGUGUAAUUUUUAUAUAUAUAUGUGUAUUGAUAAUAUGCAGUCUACAAAUUUUUGUGGGUUUGUAUUGUAGUUUUGCAAUUGGGAAGUUUUUGCUUUUUUUUAUAUUUUUAAAGUUAGAAAAAUUAUAGUGUAAAAAAACUAUCUUCUCAAAGUAGUUGAAGUUCUAAUGUCACUUAAUUAUGGUUUAAAAAUUAGCAUCUAGUGGUAGAUUCAUACAAAUCUAGAUAGAAAUUUUCUGUAAUAGUUAGAGCUUUGAACAAAUAAUGUAAAAGAAGAUUACAAGAAGUGAAGAGUUAUUAAUUUCAUUAACAUUUAGGGUUACUUUUUAUUAAUUUACAAAAUGUGUAAAGCAUAAAUAUUUGUGCUUAACUUACAAGCUGUUUGAGGUUGUACGCAAAACACAAUAAUUAAAUAAACAUCAUUUCUUUAAGACUGUCA